CGCGUCGCCCACACACCCAUACGACUACUUCUACAGGUGAACAGAGACAACAUGAAGGGCCCGGCGUUAAUAGUGGUGAUGGUGGUGAUGGCGGUGGUGGUGAUGGCGGUGGUGGUGACGGGCCGCGUGCAGACACCCCCCCCAUAUGACCCCGAAACUUUCUGGCCCGAAUUCUUCAAUAACGUUACCGCUGACGUGUGCCGCAACAAGGAGGAGCUGUGUAAGACCAACACCUUCUGCUAUGCCAUCAUCGCCCCCGAGAAGAUAGAGACGGAGGAGGCCGCCGCCAUCGCGAGGACCAACGCGACAUUGUGUGCCGCGGAGGCCGGGUUUACGAAUGCUGACUUCUCCACCUUAACUGUCAAGAGCAUCCUGGACGCCGAGAAGGAGGACGUAGAAUUCAACUUUGUGAAGUUCUUUGGGCAGUUCGGUGUGACCAGAGACCAACUGCCGCUAAUGCUGGAGUGCCUUUUAAACAUGGCUGAGCAUCUUCCCAGGUUGAAGGAAUGUCUGGUCUCAAGUCACGGCGAGUCCCCCUAGGCCCACCCCCCCACCCACGGCCAAGGACUCCCCCCAUCAUCCCUAAAGAAAUGAGGGAUACACGGCCGACCCAAGGACCCCUCACAGGAUUAUGAGCUGGAAAUCAUCUCUCUCUCUCUCUCUCUCUCUCUCUCUCUCUCUCUCUCUCUCUCUCUCUCUCUCUCUCUCUCUCUCUCUCUCUCUCUCUCUCUCUCUCUCUCUCUUAGACAUCUACAAAACACUGACUCUCCCUUCAUUAUCUACUUCUUAACGCACUCUCUCCCUUCUCUUCAAAUUAAAUUAAAUAAAAACUAUAUAUAUAAAAUGACGCCACGCAAAAUAUAAAGUUACAAAAAAAAGCGGUAGUAGUUGCUGAAGAAGACUCAUAUAACCUUCUCCUCCUCCUUUUCUUCUUUUUGUUCCUCCUCCUCCUCCUCCUCCUCCUCCUCGUCAUCCUCAUCCUCUUCCUUCUCUUUCUCUUCCUACUCCUCCUGCUUCCACGACAAUCACAAGGUCAUGGUAAACAUCCUCCCUCCCCCCUACCCCCCCCCCCCACACACACACAGUCACCAGGAAACCGUAUCCCCAUUUCCUUGACGGUGUGGGCGUGAGCGUGGGCGUGGGCGUGGGGGUAGAGGGAGGGAGGUGUCUCAAAUAAAAGCAAAACUAACUGCAAUGUCUGUGUGUUU